AAUCAACAAAGAAAGAAGUAAUAAAUGAAAAGAUACGAUGAUCUGUAAAGUUGGUUACCUGUUUAUCACAAUUCUAUCUACAUACAAAGUGUAGAUUAUUACAAAAUUAAAACCAGCAUAUAUUGUACAAACUGUAGAUUAUGUCAAUUGCACUAUAAAACAGAAACAAUCAUAUAUCAGACACAUUUUCAUGAUUGGCAAUGGCAAAAACACAGACAUUAUUGUUACUGUAUUUUCUUUCUACCUUAAUCCUUGUACUAAACAAAGCUCUUGUCAACUCCAAUGGUUUGACACUAACACUAAUUCAUCCACACUCACCAAAAUCGCCCUUUUUCCAAGGAAAUUUAUCUUUCAAGGAAAGAAUCAAAAAAUCAGUAUCCCAAUCGAAAAUCCGUGGUAAUUAUCUAGCAAGAACAUCCCUUUCAACCAUACAAACACAGAUUACAGCACAGUCAUUUCAUUACAAAGUCAAAGUCGGGAUCGGAACAUUCAAAUCUAAACCACCGUACAAAGAGUACUACUUAGACAUCGACACAGGCAGCAGCCUUGUCUGGAUGCAAUGUGACGGCUGCACCAGAUGCUUCAAGCAAACGCCAAAGCCGUUUCCCAAGCAAAACUCCUCCUCUUUUCGCCCUAUUCUCGUUCAAAAUAAGCCUAAACCCUAUGAGUACGAGUACGAAGAUGGGUCCACCACUAACGGGAUUUUAGCACGAGAAGCGUUUUAUCUGACAUCGAAAAACGGAGGAUUAGCGAAAAUCGAAAACAUAGAAUUCGGAUGUGGUUUGGACAACAAUUUAGAUGCUCUCAAUUGGCGCAAUAACAAGGUUGCUGGAAUAAUGGGACUUGGAUGGGAAGAUACCUCGUUCGUUAAACAGGUGGGCCCACAAAUCAAAGGAAUAUUCUCGUACUGUCUUCCGGUUCUAACGAGCAAAACACCUAGUACUUACCUGAGAUUUGGAAACGAUAUAGUCCACCAAGAAAACUCCAAAAGCACACCAAUUUACAUGAAACAUAAAGACAGUAGUCCUUAUUACGUGGAUCUUCAAGGCAUUACCGUCAACAGAACGAGGCUUAACAUCAGCCCUAGAGUGUUUGAUUUCAAAAGCAACGGUAAUUUGGGUGGCUGCACUAUCGACUCCGGCACGCCAUUUUCAAGAAUCGUGGGACCCGCUUUCGACAUACUGAAAACGGAGCUCGAAAAGUACUUUUCGAGGUUUAGAAAUUUGAAGAAAAUUAAAGGGAAUUUGGACCUGGAUUUGUGCUACGAGAGGAGCAAGCCCGAAAAGUAUAAUAAUCUACCUGAAGUUACUUUUCAUUUAAGAGGAGCGGAUUUCGUUAUGAAGGCUGAGGCAGUGUUUCAGGUUGUUGGUCGAUCGAUAACCAGGCUUCGUGAGUACUUUUGUUUGGCGAUGGUUCCUCAUAGUACGGACUCCACUAUUGGAUCUCAUCAGCAAACGAAUCACAGGCUCAUCCAUGAUACUAAGAAUAAGAAACUCGUUUUUUAUCCGGUGGAUUGUGCCAAGAAUCCAACAUUGUUGUUACUAUGUUUUCUAUCUACCUUAGUCCUCGUACUAAACAAAGCAGCUCUAGUAAACUCCAAUGGUUUGAAAAUAGCACUAAUCCAUCCAUACUCGCAAGAAUCGCCUUUUUUCCAAAGAAAUCUCCCUUAUGAAGAAAGAAUCAAAAGCUUAGUAUCCCAAUCCAAUAUACGCCGUAACUAUCUAGCUAAAACGUCUUCAAUCAUGAAAACGGAGAUCAGAGAGCAAGAUUUUCUAUACACAGUCAAAGUCGGAAUCGGAACAUUUAAAUCGAAACCACCCUACAAAGAAUACUACUUAGAAAUGGACACAGGCAGCAGCCUUGUCUGGAUGCAAUGCGAAGGCUGCACAAAAUGCUUUAAGCAAACACCAAAGCCAUUUCCCAAUCAAAACUCUACGUCUUUUCGUCCUAUUCUUGUCAACAAUAAGCCUAGGUACUACGAGUAUGGGUAUGGUGAUGGGUCCACCACUAUCGGAAUGUCGGCCAGAGAAACAUUUUAUCUCACAUCGAAAAACGGAGGAUUAGCGAAAAUCGAAAACCUGGAAUUCGGGUGUGGUUUGGACAAUGUUAUUCAAUAUGGGAAAUACAAAAACAACAAGAUUGCUGGAUUAAUGGGACUUGGAUGGGACGAUACAUCUUUCAUUAAACAACUCAGCCCUAUAAUCAAAGGGGUAUUCUCGUACUGUCUUCCUCUUGUUUCAGACAAAACACCUACUACUUAUCUAAGAUUUGGAGACGAUAAAUCACAUAAAGAGAAGAACUCGAAAAUCACCCCACUGUACAGGAGAAAUCAAGGUAGCCCUUAUUUUGUGAAUCUUCAAGGCAUUAGUGUCAAUAAAACUAGGCUUAAAAUUGACCCGAAAAUGUUCGAUUUCAAGAACAACGCCACUUCUGGUGGCUGCAUUAUCGACACUGGGACGCCAUAUUCAAGAAUCCUGGGGCCUGCUUUUGACGUACUGAAACUAGAGCUGGAAAGGUACUUUUCGAGAUUGAAGGGAUUCAAAAAGAUCAAAACUGAUUUGGGAUUGGAUUUGUGCUACGAGAGGAGCAGCAAAACCGAAAAGUAUAGUAAUCUACCUAGUGUUACUUUACAUUUACGUGGCACGCAUGCAGAUUUCGUUAUGAAGGCUGAGGCAGUUUUGUGGUUGCUGGAAAGUACUUUUGUUUGGCGAUGGUUCGGGAUGGUACAGAGACCAUUAUUGGAUCUCAUCAGCAAAUAAAUCACAGACUUAUCCAUGAUGUAAAGAAUAAGUGUCUCGUGUUUUAUCCUGUGGACUGUUCUAAGAAUCCAUAAAUUAAUGUUUACUUACUCUGAUUUUUUCCUGAAUUAAUGUACUGUUUGUAGUAGAAAUUGCGUCAAUGUCAGAUUUAGAAAUAAUAAUCAAGAAUCAACAGAUAUGUUCAGUACUAAAAAAGUAUUCAUAUAGAAGAUGCAGUUUAAACAAACCAGUAUUCGUCUGUCAACGUUUUGUUAGCACUUCACAAGUUUGUCGUUGGUAGCUUUGUACUCUCUUUUGAAAUCUGUAAUAAUGAGGUUAAUUAA